UCUGCGGUAGAAAUAUAUGUGCCUUUUAUUGUCUUAGCCUUACUACACACAUGUAAGAAAUGCAUCAGAUUAGCUUUAGGAAAUUUAAAGAAGGUUAACACUGCCUCCUCCUUCACGUUGAUGGCUUUUGAAAUUGGUGCUCGUAUGUGCAGCGCACGACAUCUGAUUUAAAAGUAAUUUCUCAAGAUAAGGUGGAACUUCUACUGCUUAAAUAUGUCUUACCAGUCAGGGUUAGAUGGUGAUGCAAACCGCUUUGCGCAGACCAUAGGUUCAAACAUUCAGAAGAUUACGCAGCACACUGAUGAAAUCCAAAGCCUUGUAAACCAGCUUGGAACACCACAGGACAACACAGAACUUCGGCAACAGCUCCUACAGAAACAGCAGCAAGCUAAUCAGCUAGCCAAAGAAACAGACAGGUAUAUGAAAGAGUUUGGAUUACUUCCACUGACAGCAGAACAGCGCCAAAGAAAGAUACAGAAAGAUCGUCUAGUUGGUGACUUUUCUAGUGCAUUGGCUGCUUUCCAAAAGAUUCAAAGACAGGCUGCUCAGAAGGAAAAGGAAUUUGUAGCAAGAGUGCGUGCCAGCUCAAGAGUGUCUGGUGGUUUGCCAGAUGGAGGCCUGCUGUCAUAUGAAAGUGAAAAUCAGCCCCAAGCACAGGUACAAGAUGAUGCUAUUAAGAAAGAGGACCUUAUGCUCAUCAAAGAAAGAGAAACUUCCAUAAGGCAACUGGAGUCUGAUAUUACAGAUAUCAAUGAAAUCUUCAAAGAUUUGGGAAUGAUGAUUCAUGAGCAAGGGGACACAAUUGACAGCAUAGAAGCCAAUGUAGAAAAUGCUGAAAUACGUGUGCAGUCAGCCAGCCAGCAGCUGUCCAGGGCUGCAGAACAUCAGUGCAAAUCCCGCAAGAAGAUCUGUAUUCUGGUUGUGAUUCUCACAUUAAUAGCUGUUGCGAUUGGACUAAUCAUCUGGGGUGCUUCGCAAAUCUAAAGAUGCUACAAAGAAAUGCAUUUUUAAAUAUUCUUAAGCUUGUCACAGGUAUGUUUUUGCCAGUUUUUUUCUUCUACUGUCAUCUGUCUAAAAACUCGAGUUUGCCAAAAGAGUAGCCAAAUAUAAAUGAUGAAAAAUGCUCUUUGCAGUUGUAAAUUCUGUUUGUAUUUGUUUUUAAGGAUAAUAUAUUUUAUAACUAAAAGUCAUUUCUCAAGUACUUACAUUCCAUACGAUGACUUGAAUUUGUAAUUUGCGUGUUGUGUGCCAUCACCUAGCUGAAUGUUACCAAGAACAUACUGUAGACUACUAAAAUAUUUUAAAUUAUUCUCUGCACUUUUAUUAUAUGAAUCAUAAUUGCACUAAUAAGAACAGUACAUACACUUGUACCCAAUGUGCACCUUUACAGAAUGUAAUAUAUGCAUAACAUGUUUAAUGCUUUAAAUGUUAUAAUAACAACAUGUGAUUUCUGUGAUUUGUAAAAAUUGCUCUGUGAUAUAAAAUGUCAGUUGCUACAGUACAGAUCUGUAAGUCUGUCAAUGUUUGUUGUUUUGCCUGUCACAGUAACAAUUAACUAUGUGAGGUGUUUUUCUACACAUGUCUCUGGUGGGAAAAACUAGGAAGCAAGUUCACCUAAAUUAACUAAUCCUACACCAAGGGUAGCUUUGAUACUGAGUUAAUGAAGUGAUAAAUAAUUAGUAAUUAAUCAUGCCAGUGCACUGAUUCUGUGUGGCACAGAAUUUAUCCGUUUCUUGCAGAUUUUCCAUUUUCUUCUGUGUUGUCAUAGUCUCGUAUUCACUGCCGUCUUCAUUGUCUUCAGAUAUUGUGCACCAUAACAAACCAUGUCCUUUUUAAAAGUGGUUUGGAUUAUGUGA